GCUUUGAAUAUACAAGUAUAUAAACCCACAGCAAUUUCUUAAUACGAGAAAGUCAUUGUACUUAUCCACAGCUACCAAGAUGAAGUACAUAACAGCACUGUUUGCCAUUUUGGCCAUUAUCGGCCUGGGACAAGCUUAUGCGUUUCCGGACAAUCCUCAUUUCGGCUAUCCUCAGGAACGUACGUUAAUGGAUGAAUUGAUGGACUUUGUAAAUAUUCUUCCAAUGGACCUGGUUACGGACAUAGUAAUCAAGUAUGCGAGAACAGAUGAAAAGGUACAAGGCGCUAUGCAGUACUUGGUCAAACCGGAAUUUCAUGCCCUUCUACGCGAGACCGAAGCUCUUCCAGAAUAUCAAGCUUUAGUAGUUUAUCUGGAGAAAACUGGAUUGCCUGUUAUCGAUGCUAUCAAACAACUCCACAAGGCUAUUGGCAUGGAAGAUUAUGUGCCACCCAAAGUUGAGAGCAUUAUCGAAUCUGAGAUUGGAAUACAGAAAAUUGGUGAUGGAAUGAAAGGAAUGCUCGAGGAUCUUUAUAAUGUAUUACCUAUGGAUAAAAUUGAAGCUCUUUACAACGAAAAGUUGCAGACUUCCAAAAUUUUCGCCGAUUUUAUUGCGAAGAUAACGUCUCAGGAAAUGCAGAAAUUGGUCACUGAUCUAUAUAAACAUGAAACUUAUAAUAAUUUCGUCAUGAAGAGUAGAGAAAACGGGUUAGAAUUCCAGGAACUGACGAAAUUUAUUAGUAGUAUAUUUGGCAUCAAGUUCCCGUAUUAAAAUUGUCAUAUGUCAUAUUUUCAAUACAUUUUUCAAGCAUGUAUUUUUCUAAUUUACAUCGUUUUAUAUCGAAAUAAAAUUAAUCAUGUAGAAAUAAAAUCAAAGAAUUCUU